UGGUUACAAUAUUCUUAAUAUUUUUAAUUGCACAUAAAUUAAUUAAAUGGUUUGUAUUAGUGAAGUUCAACAGUUUUAUGAUUUAAGGAAUGUCGGAGUCCGAAGAGGAAACCGUUGAGAAGCAGUUGAAGAUCAUUUUUGUGGGAGAACCGAACGUUGGAAAAAGCAGCAUUAUAAGACGAUUCUGUUACGAUGACUUUACAAGGCAGUACACACAAACCCUAGGGGCAGAUUUCUACGUGAAGAGAGUAAUUUUACCAGGACGGAAAGAAGUAUCUGUUAAGAUAACGGAAAUAGGUGGCUUGGAAAUGAACGGGCCGAUGUUAGGAAACUACCUUUUCAAUUCAGACAUGAUAGUGUUGGUUUAUGACAUAACGAAUUUUUCGAGUUUCGAACGUCUAUUUCUUUGGAUUCAACAUAUAUCAAAGUACAAGGAAGAUCCGCCGCUUGUUGCUGUUCUCGGAAAUAAAUGCGAUUUGGAGCAUAAACGGGUCGUCCGAUUAGACCAGACACAAAAUUUCGUCGAGAAAUUUCAGCUUUAUAAUUUCCUAGUCUCGGCCAAAACUGGGGAAAACGUUAAUCUCCACCUGACCGAUUUAAUCGCGAGACAAUUUGGUGUCCCCUUAAGCAAGUUAGAGCGUGAAAAGCAAUCUACGGUGCUUAAAGCAGAAUUGGUACCUGCCACGCCUGUACAAGUUAAAAGUAACGCUGCCGUACAAUCCAAUUCUACAGUUUGUUGUAUACAGUAACCGUUGAGAUUGAUGCCAAUUUCCGGUUCAAUUUUUUUCUAGAUAAUAUAUUCUUCCUUCU